AUGGAAACUGUGUUGGAUCAAGCUACUAUCAUUUGUUCUCACUGUGAUCGAGCUAUUCCUGUUGCAAAUGUUGACUUGCAUAAUGCUCAUUGUUCAAGGAACCUUCAAAAGUGCAAAGUUUGUGGUGAUAUGGUUCCCAAAAAAAAUGCUGAGGAUCACUAUUUAACAACUCAUGCACCAGUUUCAUGUUCAUUGUGCAGUGAGAAAAUGGAUCGUGAUGUUAUAAAUAUCCAUGAAGGUGAAAAUUGCCCGAAAAGGAUUGUCACUUGUGACUUCUGUGAAUUCCCACUGCCAGCAGUUGAUCUAGCUGAGCAUCAGGAAGUAUGUGGGAAUCGAACCGAACUGUGUCACCUUUGUAACAAAUAUGUUAGACUUCGUGAAAGAUACAAUCAUGAAGCUAAGUGCAAUGGUAACAUUCAAGAUAGCGCUGUCGGCUCUUCAAGGAAUGUGAGGGAAGCUGAAAGAGACGAAGACGUUCCACGAAGGCGGCGGCCGCGGCCGCAGAAUGAGUUCUCAACUAAACUUCUUCUUUUCUCAAUAUCCAUCAUUGGUAUUGCUGUUAUACUUGGAUCUUUCCUCCUGCAGAGAAAGGCAGAUCCAAGUGAGGUCCAUUAG